GAGUUUUUCAGUAAACUCAAUCGGUGUUCACUGUAGCAAUCCUUAUUAUCUUUACUUAAAACCUACAUUUAUAAAAUGAAUACAAUUAAAUCAGGCGCAAAUUGUAUUCUGCGUUUUACCUCGAGGGGGCAGUAAUUUGAAAUGUUCUCCCUAUCGCGUCGUAGAGAAAGAGAUGCAUGACAUGCGAUGACUUUGGUGUGAUUUUGAUGGUAAAAGCUUGUUCGGAGGAAAAUGAAUGCGUUACGAACAUUUUGGCGCUUUUCGGGGACAACAAGCUUGUGUUGGAGUAAUGGCACUCCCCGUUCAGUUUUCAGCUGCUGUCAACAACGCUCGAUUAGUUCAGUGGUUCUAUCAAGGACAGGGCCUGAACAGAGAAUUGUCCAAGGAACACUGAGAACCAAAGCAGAGGGAGCCAGUGUUUUCCAGCAACCGCUUUGGCACUAUCAGCAGGUCCGUACAGGCAAACGUGGAACAGAAUAUCAACCAAACAACAUCAAACGGAAGAGGACCCAUGGCUGGAUCAAAAGAAUCAGUACUCCGGGUGGAAUCGAAGUAAUCCUGCGGCGAAUGCUCAAAGGACGAAAAUCCCUUUCACAUUGAUACUCUGUACUGGACAGUUGCUGAAAUACUUUUGAAAUGGAUCUCAGUGAAUUCCAAUAAAGCUCUUUGUUUGUAUUUAACGUUUUGAAAGAAAUAAUUGAAAAAGUAUCUCACAUUGAAUAGAUAUCAGAUUUAUCUAAUGGAAAUACUGAAUUUCGUGCUCUAAUCCUUCUCAGUAUAAUAUGUAAUCUAUUAGUAAUUAUAAUCAUGUUAUCAGCCAUUACGUCUAAUUCGUGCAGUCCAUUUUGCAUGGCAUACGCUUAAAAAUGAAAGCAAUCAAUUUGGGCAAAACUGUAGAUAACAGCAGUUCAUAAAAUCUAAAUAAAACAAAAACGACUUUUCUCUAAA